AUGUCCGCAGCAGGAGCCGGAUCAGCAGCAGCAGCAGCAGCAGCUCGUGCUGCUGCUCGCUUUGCAGGUUUGAGCAGCAGCAGCAGCAGCAGCAGCAGCCGCGGGCUUUUGGCAGUGCGGGCUUUCAACAGCAGCAGCAGCAGCUGCCUGUUCCCGCGUCGGCUGCUGCAGCCGGCGCAGCAGCAGCAGCAGCAGCAGCUGCAGCGCGGCUUCAGCAGCAGCGCAGCAGCAGCAGCAGAAUCUCUUGCUGCUGUCAUUCAAAAAGAAAUAGCUCAUGAAAAAGCUCAGUAUGAACCCGAAAAGAAAAUAAAAGAGUUUUUGGAAACAAAAAAGUGGCAACUUCAGGAAAAAGAGAAUGAUGUUCUCGUCACCCUCACCCGCGAGGUCGACGGGCUGAAGGUGACAGUGGAGUUUUCGUGCAUUCAGCCAGCAGCAGCAGCAGAAGAAGAAGCAGCACUUCCGGAGAGUUCGGACUUCACGGUGUCUGUACACCGCAGCGACGGCAGCGGCCUUCUCUUCUACUGCUCCACCACGGCCGAGGACGAGACUGCCAGGUUUUGCAUUGGACAGGUGCGUCACUUCGUGGACUCGAGCAGCAAAGAAAGCCUGGCUAGCUACCCGGGGCCUUACUUCGAAGACCUGGACGAAGCCUUUCAGCAGCAGCUCGACAGCUGGCUAGCUGCUGUUGGAGUUGACGGGCAGCUGUGUGACUUCCUGGAGGCUUUUGCUGCGGACAAGGAAAACCGCGAGU